AUGAAUCGAGACCGGUCCCGCAAGAGCCGUCGUCCACCAAAAGCUCGACCUCUUACCCCAGCGAAAACUCCAACAUCUGAUGCAUAUGAAUUCGCCAGCCCUAGCUCCCUUACUUUCGAAUCCAGUUUUCACGAUCCUCGGGUGACUUGGGAUACGGCAAAUCCUUGUUCCUCAAGCCCGCAAGCCUUUACUACACCCAAGUCUGAAGUCGAUGGCGAUACGACAGACCACAAGAGCGACUUGACAGCCAAUAUCGAUGCUGAGCUUGCCUCUCAUAUCCACCAUCUCUCACCGACCCCCUACCUCACUUUGCCUCCUGUCGAGCCGUCAAGACAGCUUUCCUCUUCUCCUGGCCCGGGCUCUUCGAAACGUACAUGUCUGGAGGCCUCCGAAGUAGAAGAAACACCAGAGACGUUACAGACCAUAACUAAGCAUCCUGUUUCUUCGAGAAGUACAUCGGAUACAGAGAGGGUUGAGAGGAAUACUAAACACGGGUCUACAAGGCCAAUGGCGGAUCCGAGGAAUAGGAGACUGUCGGCAGCCAAUGUCUCUCGAAUGGGACCUCCCGAAACCCCUGGUCGACGUGUGGCGGCCUCACCUCAACUGUUUCCUAGCCUACAAUUUUCACCAGACCUCUUCCAGGCACCAAUGUCAGGACCAGCUCCUGCUCCUUCCCUCCCACAGAACCGAUUGUUCUGGGACCCAAGUUCCCAUCCAGAAGACCUGUCGUAUCAGGACCCUUUUGUACCACCCCAUUCGGAUCUCGUCGGCCCCUUUACUCCCUCCCCUGCCACCAGUCAUGGAUUUCAGACCACAAAUUCUGUUUCCAGUGCUCACCAAUACGAUCUGCCCAGUAGUUCGCAGAAUACGCAGAUCCUGGCCGCAUCAUUGUCCCCAAGCAUUGAUGAUUCUGGAUACCCUGCACCCUUCACAGCUUCACCUCGGGUGCCAGCUCCAGCCCCAGACGAUCCUAGUAUGUUCUUGAGCUCGCCAGCACGCCGAUUUGGACCAACUGCUCAACCAUCGGGUACCUACAGCUCAGGUAAUCGCCCUGAGCUACAAGCGUACCAUCACCAAGUUCAGGAGUCCAGGCGGGAAGAAGAGCUCCGACGGACGAAGAAGACGAUGACCAAAAAGCCAACGGUGACAAGAGGCUCCAAGAAUGUGCCCAACCGACCAACCUCACCUCCUUCCAGUAGCCGCCUUGGGAUGAAACGAAGUUCGACGCAUUCCGGCGUUGGAGAUAAUUAUCCCCGUCACCGCCACCAAAGUCAGGUAUCGUUUGCCGAUUCCUUCUCUGUUGUGGACGAUAACAACAGACACCCUCGUGGUGGAAGAUCUUCCCCGCUCAAGCAGAGCUCGAUGAAUGCUUACGAGAAGCUCGAUCGACCACAGUCAAGAAGCCGGACAUCUCUUUCUUUUACUAUCGACAAGGAUGGCAGGGCCAAGACAGUGGUUACACGAGUAUCCGACCAACCACAAUGUCGAAUGGACAUGGACGAAGAGCCAUCCGGCAGCGACACCGAUUCUGUUGAUGCUGCAGACUUCGACAUAGCAAGAAGCCAAAAUAACUCUUUUGCCUUCUAUGAACAAGAAGAACAACAUCGGCCUGUUGAUCGGCUCAGACGCGAACCAAAUUCUCACUCGAAAUCAAGUUCCUACUCCUCAACGAUAGGAUCUUCAGCAUCCGCACCACUUUCAUCGAGGACCAGCUCAACUUUUGGAGGAGCUCGCUCUCAUUCCAAAAUGCCAGGAGAUCCUUAUAGCACAGGCGUCUUGAAUGCCCAAGCUCGGCGCAGCUUCACCUCAGUCCACGCUCGGGCCCACAAUGACAUUAACACGAUCCCUGACGAAGAAGUAGAAGAACGCUUUGACGCACAGCACGCCUUACGAGCAAUGUUAAAUGAUCGCACUAGAUCGAUCUCCAGCCACAUCGCUCAACUUCCCCCUCCUCCGCUUAAUACUUUCCAAGGUUUCCACUCAUCACCGCCAGUACCUAACAACAACUACGGCAUCUACAAUGCCUCGCCAACUACAAUCACCGAUCCUGAUCUUGCCACACCCAGCACGGACCGUGGCAGCCACGCCAGUAGCGGAAGUACAAGAUGUAUUUGCAAUUCCUCUUCUCCUGACUGUCAUCUAAUGAUCCAAUGCGAAUCUUGCUCCAAAUGGCUCCACGCAACCUGUGUCGGCAUCGAAUCGCAGCAGCAAGUCCCUCUGGUCUAUGUUUGUGACUAUUGCCGCCAGACGCCCAUGCGUGGGGGACGGAUCCGUGAACCCUCGAGGGCAGCGGCUAUGGCGCCCGCGAGUCCGUUGGCGGGUAAGAAAGGAAAGUUUGGACGAUGA